AACCGUCGGUGCAAUCGGACAAAGUAUCAUAAUUAAAAAAACGCUAAUUAAAAACGCGAUGACAAUAUUUUGGUGGGGCAGGUAAAGUUCUUGAGAAGCGCCAACCUCGGACGUCAUAUCUAUCAAUUUCUCCCACUCAAUAAAUAGGGCUCCUGAUAUUACUAAUGCUGGGGGCCAUCAUGACCUGCUCCUCGUACCUCAUGUUCGUAUACCAGCCACUGCAGCUCAUUAUCAAAAAGGUUGCAACUCUAGCCCCUGGUUCAAUUUUUCUCAAACUGUGGUCCGUCCCUCCCUACAAUGUUUUCAUUGACGCUUUUAUCUUCAAUGUAACGAACCCGGAAGAGUUCUUAUCAGGGAAGGAAAAAAUGAAGGUUGAAGAAGUGGGCCCUUACGUUUACCAAGAAAUUCUCCUGAAUAAAAACGCAACUUUCAACCCUAACGGCACCAUGACGUUCGAGCCGCGCCGUUUCCUCAAGUUCCGUCCAGACAUGUCCGUGGGGAACCCCGACGUGGACUGGAUCAUCUCCCCCAACAUCCCCCUCCUGGGGAUCACCGCCUCGCUCCGGGACUCCGGUCUCAUCACCAACCUCGCCGUCUCCACAAUCAGCAACGCCCUCAACUCGCAAUCCUUCCUCAACGUCACCAUCUCCCAGUACUUGUGGGGCUACGACGACCGCCUUGUGACCCUCGCCCACAAAGCCCUCCCCAACUGGAUCAACUUCGACCGCUUCGGAAUUCUGGACCGCCUCAUGGCUCUGGACAACGCCACCAACAUCGUGACCCUGAACAUGGCCCCAGAGCUAGGCCUCGCCAGCUCAAUUCUCACGGAAAAGGAGCGCAACGCCGUGUACCACAUCCACCGCUGGAACGGCUCCCCAGGUCUCAAACACUGGGGCUACACGGACGACAACCAAGACAACAAGAACUCCAGGUGCAACAUGGUCGAGGGCGCCUUCGAAGGGACGGUCUUCCCGCCGAACAUGCCCGAGAACACGACGGUGAAGCUCUACAGACGGGCCUUCUGCCGCCCCGUGCCCUUCAAAUACCGGGAGAAGUCCACCACGAAGACGGGCUUCAACGCCAUGACGUUCGAAGUGGACCGGUUGUUCCUAGCGACGCCUGAGGAGAACCCCGACAACCACUGCUACUGCCCCAAGGACGGGUGUCUCCCGAAGGGCCUAGGGUCGCUCUCGCCGUGCUACUACGACAUGCCCAUUGCCAUUUCGCAGCCGCACUUCCUGAAUUCCGACCCGUUCCUGUUGGAGCAGAUCGUGGGGAUGAAGCCAGACGAGGAGAAACACGGCUCCAGUUUCCUGCUACAUCCAGAGUUGGGUGUUGCGCUGGAAGCCAACUUGAGGAUACAGAUCAACCUAGAUAUUGGCCAAACGAAGUACAAUCCCCGGACGAAGCCCUUCAACGGCAUGUACCUGCCGUUGUUCUGGCUCCAGCUGCGGCUGGGGGAGAUCCCCGGGAGCAUAAACGCUUUGAUAACUGUGCUUUUUUACGUGCUUCCGGUCCUACAGGAAGUACUGAUUUACUUGUUAGGCUUAGGUGGUUUAGCUUUAAUGUCGGGCUCAGCUUUAUUCUCCCUGUUCUUCGCGAAGGAUCAGCCCAACGGGAGGCUGAGUUUCAGGGGCGAAUACAGCCCGAUUCCCAUAAUUCCGAUCAAUUCGCCCUACUUUAAACCAGAUCUUAGGAUAUUAAAGUGAUUGUUUUUGGUAUUUUUAGACUGUAGAUAAAUUAAAUGCCUGUAGUUAUUAACGUCUGUGACGUUUUAGAGACUGAAAUUAUUUAUAUUUGUACAUAUUGCGUGAGAGUUAUUAGUUCUUUAGGUACUUUUGUUAUUUAAGUGCGGUUUUGACGAUUUUUUAAAACAAAGUUUUUAUAAAAGUA